UUUCCGGUGGGGCCAGGUCCACACACCCCAAAAUGGCGAGUCGGGGUACCGUGUCAGGAAGCUAGAGGGAUCAAGUGGGGGACCGGCCUUCCCAGGGCCCCGCGCUCUGGACCUCGGAGCUCCACUCGCCAGGCCCGGAGAGGCGCGGGAACCGGGCGCUUCCUCCCCUGGGGCGGCGGGGGGCCUGUCGACGUCGCAGCCAAGCCGAGGGAGAGGGAAGUGGCGUCCGCGGAAGCCGGCGCCGGGCGGAGUGCCCUUGAGGAGAAGAUCCACUUGGCUUGAUACCGGACCUGACAAGGCCUCGCUUGUCCAAGGCACCCAGGGGGGAUGUCACACAUAGGAGUUAAACUGCUCCUAGAGCAGAUGCUGAUGAGACAUCUGGAGGUGGAGGCGCGCUCGUCCCCCCACGUGGAGGCUUUCUGGGAGACCGAGGAGUCCGGGAAAGGGAGCUCCAGCGACAGGAAGCAGUCUGGCCCCCAGAUGGACGGUCUUGGCCCCGAGAGCGCCCGGCAGCACUUCCGGAGCUUCUAUUAUCACGAAGCACCGGGACCGCAUGAGGCGGUCAGCCAGCUUCAGGAAUUGUGCCACCAGUGGCUGAGGCCGGAGAUCCACUCGAAGGAGCAGAUCUUGGAACUGCUGGUGCUAGAGCAGUUCCUGACCAUUCUGCCCAGGGGCACCCAAAACUGGGUGCAGAAGUAUCGUCCACAGAGCAUCAAAGAGGCCGUGGCGCUGGUAGAUCGCUUUCAGAGAGAACUCGGUGGAAUUAGGGAUGAGGUCACAGCCCAUGAGCUGGGAAAGGAGGCAGUGCUCUUGGGAGGAACAGCAGUGGCCCCAGGCUUUAAGUGGAAGCCAGCAGAGCCCCAGCCAAUGGGUGUGUUCCAGAAAGAAUGUUGGAAUACAUACCAGGUACUGCAGGAACAGCUGGGCUGGAAUACUCACACAGAAACCCAGCCUGUAUAUGAAAGAGCUCUGCCUGCUCAACAGAUUCUAGCCUUUUCUGAGCAGAAGAGCACCCCAACCUGGAAGAAGGCAUCUGAGCUCACCUUGCCUGAGUUCCAGAGCUUGUUGACGUUUGAAGAUGUGGCUGUGUCUUUUUCUGAGGAAGAAUGGAAAUUGCUGGGCCCUUCUCAGAAGAUGCUUUACAAUGAUGUAAUGCAGGAAAACUAUGAGACUGUCAUCUCUCUAGGGUUAAAGCUCAAAAAUGACACCGGAAAUGACCAACCUGUAUCUAUUUCUACAUUAGAAAUACAAGCACCAGGAUGCAAGGUGUCAAGAAAGGCCAGAAUGAAAGCUGCCCAGAAAACAACAGGCAAAGAAAAUCAUGGUGGCACGCGCAGGGUGCGGAAACGGCAUCGAGCUUUUCUAGGGAGGAAAAGAAAGAAACUCUCAACGUGUAAACAAGAGCUCUCAAAACAUAAGGAUCUUCACGGGAAAGGCCACGCAGGAGAGAAACCUUUUAAGUGUCAGGAAUGUGAGAAAAGCUUCAGAGUUAGCUCUGACCUUAUUAAGCACCAGAGAAUUCACACUGAAGAGAAACCCUAUAAAUGCCAGCAGUGUGAUAAGAGGUUUAGAUGGAGUUCGGAUCUUAAUAAGCACUUAAUGGCACACCAGGGAAUAAAACCAUACAGAUGCUCCUGGUGUGGAAAAAGCUUCAGUCACAAUACGAAUCUACACACACACCUAAGAAUUCACACAGGAGAGAAGCCCUUCAAAUGUUAUGAAUGCGGAAAAAGAUUCAUCCAGAACUCUCACCUCAUUAAACACCAGAGAACCCACACAGGGGAGCAGCCGUAUACUUGCAGUGUAUGCAGGAGGAACUUUAGUAGGCGUUCAAGCCUCCUCAGGCACCAGAAACUCCACAGGAGAAGGGAAUCCUGUCCAGGGUCUCCAGUCUGAAGAAAACCACCGUGUGGAUCUUGACCCUAGAGGUGAUGAAAGGGUAUAAAACUCUGAGGCACCAGUGAUAAGAAGUUGUCAUUGACGGGAAAUUUCGGAGGGGUACACGCCGUCCUUCACAGAAAGGAAUCUAAGCGGUUUCUCUCGUUCAACAUUGUGUCCUCAGUGCCUAGCACAAGACCGAUACACAAUGAGUACUUGAUAAAUAAAAGAGUGGAAAUAA